AUGGAUUCUUUUUACCCCCACGGCUCAAUUGGACAAAUUCUUGUCAGAGACGUAGACGAUUGGCUAGGCGUCUCAGAUAGUCGCGAGAGGAGGAAGAUUCAGAAUCGUCGUAACCAGCGGGCAUCCCGUGAGUAGCCUCCACUUAGACCAACCCCAACUCGAUUAUGUCGCGAUCAACGCAUUCGACAGGAUUGAUAACUAAAAAUGUGCAACAGGAUCGAAGAAGCGGGGAACGGCUGCGGCAACUGGAACGGGCAUAGAGACCUUGCAGGGCGCCGACAACCAUAGGGCUACUACUACCGUGAGUCGCAGUGGUUCUGGCUCAAGAUCGCUUCCCGGCGUUGGAGGCCACUCUAGAAGUACACCACCCUUCGAGUGCUCGGAGAUUUUGAAUAUUAACGCUAUCACCGAUAUCACCGAUGCGACAAUUCAAAUCAUUAAUCUCGUCAAAAUUCUCGAGCCAAGCUGGAAGGGCAAUCAGUUAGUGAUGGACCGCUUCGAAGCCUUUGCCACCCGAAGUUACACAGCCCAUAUCGGAGCCCUGAAUCUCCUUCCAAGCCUUUCCCAGUUUAACUUUGUGAAAGCCUUGUUUGCAAAUAUAGAGGUUUUGGGUCUUUCGGAUGAGGAAAUGGAUGACGAAGCAUUUUCACCUUUCAACAAACUUCGUGGCCCAUACCCACUCGAACCCAACUUAACCACAACCAGGUUUUUGGGACUUCCCACUGCACUCCAGCCUAGCGACUUACAGCGCUCAACUCUUCAUCAUCCGUGGAUUGAUCUUCUCCCUAUGCCGGCGCUGCGCGACAACAUUCUGCGUCAGCAUGCUGACAGUUUUGACGAGGCGGAGCUUUGCCAUGCCAUGCGUGGUCAGGCUCCUGACCAUAACCCGGGCUUGCUGGUUUGGAGCGAUCCUUGGGAUCCAACGGGCUGGGAGGUUACUGAUGAAUUCUUAAAAACUUGGGGUUGGGUCAUCAUUUCCUGUUCAGAUUUGUUACAUUCGACCAAUACAUGGCGUGCCAGGCGGGGUGAGAAGCCCCUCUCUCUUGAAUGGGACCCAGCAUCCUGA